AUGAAGUUCCAGCUCGCGUUCCUCUUUGUGCCGCUGGCCGCCGCUCUGCCCACGGAGUUCCAGAGCAGCAACGCUGAACUGGCAGCCCGCUCAGCGUUGGAGGACCGCCAGGCCUCUAUCAGCAUCGACCAGCGGUUCAAGAACAGGGGCAAGGUCUACUUCGGAACUGCCACUGACCGCGGCCUGUUGCAGAGGGAGAGAAAUGCGGCCAUCAUCAGGGCCAACUUCGGCCAGGUCACGCCGGAGAACAGCAUGAAGUGGCAGUCCCUCCAGCCGAACCAGGGCCAGUACAACUGGGGCGACGCCGACUACCUCGUCGACUUUGCCACGCAGAACGGCAAGUCAGUUCGCGGGCACACCCUCAUCUGGCAUGCCCAGCUCCCUACGUGGGUUUCCAACAUCCGCGACGCCAACACGUUGCGCAACGUGAUCCGAACCCACGUCACUACCGUCGUGACGCGCUACCGUGGCCGUAUCCGCGCCUGGGACGUUGUAAACGAAAUCUUCAACGAGGACGGCACGCUUCGCACCUCCGUCUUCUCUACCGUGCUGGGAGAGGAGUUUGUCAAGAUCGCUUUCCAAGCGGCCCGCGCCGCCGACCCCAACUGCAAGCUCUACAUCAACGACUACAACCUGGAUCGUGCCGGGGUCAGCAAGGUCAACUUGAUGCGCUACUACGUUGACAAGUGGAUUUCCGAGGGAGUCCCCAUUGACGGCAUUGGCACCCAAACGCAUCUCAGCGCCGGCGCGGGCAGUGCUGUGCGUGGUGCCCUCGACCAGCUCGCCUCGGCCAGGGUUACUGAGAUCGCCAUCACUGAGCUCGACAUUGCGAACGCGCCCACGGCUGACUACAACGCCGUCGUCAGCGCCUGUCUGGCCGUCCCCAAGUGCGUGGGCAUCACCGUCUGGGGUGUCAGUGACAAGGACUCGUGGAGAACGGGAGCCAACCCUCUCCUCUUCGACGGCAACUUCAACCCCAAGGCGGCAUACAACUCCAUUAUCCAGCUCCUUGGCUGA